UUUCUUAAUAACAAACAGCCGACAGCACGCGCGGGUUUCUUUCAUCAUUUUACCAUCAUGUGACUACCAUCGGAGCGAGGCGGUGUGAGCAUAUUCCACAAAUGCACAUGCUUGAUGGGAAGGCAAAUCUCGUUGAUCGUUUCAGCCAGAUCCACACUCUAUUCUCUCGAUCUCUCGUUUGCUGAUUGCUUUGUUGUUUGUUCAAAAACCAACCACACUCGCCCUUUCGUCUUUUGCUGCUGGCAUGACAACGCAAAUCGGCUUUACACAACCGAUCUUGACGCUUGCUUCGACUCACUCUCCUUUUGCUGUCAUCCUGUUUUAUUUUUAGGCGCGCCCUUUUUUGUACUUUAUAUUUUGUUGUUGUCCAGUUGCCUUUUUGUUUUUUCGCUUUUUCUCUCUCUGUUCGACUUCUCUUCUUGUGGUGCUACUUUGGAUCCGAUCCUCGUUCCCGUGUGUCCCGGUUUCAAGCAUCCAUCCAUUCCGUCAUUGUCGCCGCGUGGCUGAGUCUGCGCCGUCGUAUCAAAUCCACUUUUUUGCGGUAGCAACCGCCGCCUCUUUUUAUCAAACAAUUUUGGCCAUCCGCGCCACUCAUCGUGUCGAGUGUCCGAUUCUUCGUCCUCCCACGCGGCACACUCUGCAAGUCUACAGCCCCAUCCACUCCUGUCAAUAACGCGUGUCCACGAGGUGCAGCGCGCAUCGGCCUUUUAGCAAGCAUAUCCGCGAGAGCACUGCCAUAUAUCCCCCUGUUGUCAAGCAUGGCCGCCGUCAUCGUGUGCCCCGAGCCCUACAUCAGCCCAAACUGCACGGAAACGUUUGGAGAGCAUUUGGGCGCGGCCCCGAUCGUCACACACUCCAUCUACGGCGCGCUCGUAGCCGUGCUCUGCACUCUCGCCGUGUACAACUUGUACAUGGUGGUGCGAUACAAGAAUGGCUGGUCCCUUGACAUUCAAAACAUUGUGCUGUACUUUGUCGUGUAUGGCGCAUUCGGCAUGCUGCUCCGUGCGUUCGACCCCAUGUCGUGGUAUGGCAUUGUGCCGUACUGGGUGAACUCGUACGCGUAUGCCACCUCCACCGCCUGUUGCUUUGCCAUGUUUUUCUCGAUGGUCUGGAGCUGGAUGGGCUUUGUGUCGAAAACAACCUUCCGCCCGUGGUACCGCAAGUUCCUGAACCGAGUGUACAUUGGCUCCCUGAUUGUGAUCUUUUUCGUGAGCUACCUCGCCUUGAUUCUCAAGUUCACGCACGUCCUGCUGACCUGGGAGGGAGAUGUUGUCGUCUUCAUCAUGCUCAUCACUCUCAACGUGGUAUGGAGCUCUGCCGGUGCGUAUCACGGCACGCUGAUUUGGCGCACCCUCCGCGCAAGUUACAAGCGCUUCGGCUAUUCCAGCACGAGCGGCCAGGACGACAGUUCGCACCCGCCCGUCACUGGGAGCUCCGUGCCUGGCGAGUUAACUACACGAGCAAGCACCACCGCUGCAAAUGCCGACAAGGUCAAGCAAAAGAUGAUGCGGAAACGAGCGCACGCACUGCGUCGCAUUGCCAUUCUCAACUUUUUGUCCAUUGGCGUUGGGCUGAUUGCCAUCGGCGUGAUUGCGUACGGAAUUGGCUCUCGUAUCAGUGCCAAGCGCGACAUUGACACCAACCCCAUGGACCCGCCCACUAUUGGAACUCUGAUCCAAAAUUACCAAUUCGACAUUAUUCAUUUUGUCGUCAUGUUCCCUGCGAUUUUCUUUUUCCGCUACGCACGACCUCAACGCACCACCGAAGAUGUAGAUAUCGACAUGUCAAGCACGUCGCACGGUCGAAACACCAAGCAUGAGGUCACAACGCACAUCGACGACGAGAUCGAACUGGAAGAACAGGUCGACUCGGCCGGGGUGUCGCCAGCACUGCCCCGAGCCCAAAUACCAGCGGUGGCGCGGAUAAAAGAGGAGGAGGCUACACCCUCCACCUCGUCCACCGACCGCAUGUCGGUGCACUCGACCACCGUCGAGAUUAUGAAUUCCAGCGCGUCGCGACUACCCGAUGCCGAGGCGGAUGUCGAGCAUUUCCAGCAACUCUCUCUUGCGGACGGAGCCAAUGUUGUAGUGACAGUCGACUCUCAGUCCUCGCAACACGAGUGAGUGAAUGAGUUUAAGCUUUUUUGUUUUUUGGUUUUUUGAGCUUUUUGGUUUGUUAUGUUGUUUUGUUUGAUGAGAUUUUGUGUUGCCGUAAUGAUCAGGCAAUCAUACGGCGUUGAAUAAGAAUUUGCUUUUAGUUG